UUCUCUUUAUUGAUCAUUCUUCAGUUCAUGCUUUAGAAACCGGAAGUUUAAGAUGUAAACAGCAUGCACCAACAUUGAAAGAUAUUAUUAUGGCAUAGAAAUGUAACGACAUAUUCUAAAUUGAAACGUUUUAUUUAAGUAAAAGCAUGGACGGGAAUGUAACAUGGUCUAAUGUGACCUUCCUGAAUUAUAUGAAUGUUACCCUGAUAAAUCCAUGCAUGCCCGAACAAAAGCAACCCCAGCAUGUCAUGUAUCAGUUGGCCAACAUUUGCUUCAUCAUCUCGUACCUGGCACCUGGUGGAGAAAAGGGUCUACUUUUUAUGCACUCCUCCCUUAUAAUUGGUUUCUUCAUAUUUGCGAUGUGGGCGUGGAAUGUUGUUUGUUCUCCUUCCAUGUUUUCGUGGAACUUCUUGUUCGUUCUCAUGAAUAUGGGUCAGCUGUUACACAUUCUGUACAACAUGAGGAAAGUCAAGUUCAAUCCAGAAUUGGAAGAUGUUUAUAGGCAUAUGUUUCUGCCCCUUCAAGUAUCGAGGCAUUCGUUCAAGAAGCUGGUGUGUCCUGACUAUUCUCAGGUGAUGUCGCUGCAUCCAGGUGAAGCUUAUGCCAUGCAGAAUCUGACAAAGACUGAUCGCCUUGGACUACUCAUUAGCGGAAAGGUGAACGUUGUAUCUGGACAACAUUUUUUGCAUUACAUUCAAGCCAGAGAAUUCUUGGAUUCUCCAGAAUUUGAAUCAAGUCGAUCUGGUGUGGAGGAAAAAUUCAAGGUAUCCAUCAUAGCGACGACUCCUAGUCGCUGUAUUGUGUGGCAGAGACAGAGCCUCGAGUAUCUUCUGAUUAAGGAGACCCAUCUCUCGACAGUUCUCGCCCUCCUACUCUCUAGGGACAUCACCCGAAAACUCUAUGCCAUGAAUGAAAAGAUGGUGACGGAGAAGGGUUCCCAUUUAGAUAUUCGUCUUCCCAGCUUUACGGGUUCUAUCGCAUCCCAAGAGGACACAAAAAAGGUCACAGAAUCAACAGUCUUUGGCAGCAAGGACUUUGUUGCCACAGGCCAUGGACACACGAGGGUUCUCCAUUCCGAGUAAAGUAUCACCCAGAAGAGGCCAAGAAGAGACAUUUUUAUAUCAAUUGGCAGUAGAAGAGGAGGAGGAGGAGCAACAAGGAAGCAGACGAUCGAGUGUCGAUUGUUUGUUUAAGAUCGCGAAAGAUUCAUUCCAUCCUCUGCUUUUCUUUCUUCAGAACAUUGUUUUCAAAAGCAAAAGAGGAAGAUAUUUUCUUAUAUAUAUAGCUCCAUUGAGAGAAAUAUAUGCAAAAAUGAUUUUUCUUCAUCAAUAAAGGUGGAAAUAUACAAGCUCCAGAUUUUUGAAUUCCAGAAGAGCAAAGUGGUUGUUUUUGAAAAUAAAUUUUCGUUUGUAAAAAAUAAAAAAAUAAAUAAAAAAGGGUGCUCGCUGCUUAUUAAAAUUAUGUUUGUUCUGAGAAUGUUUGAUUUAUAAAGUUAAAAGGUCGACAUGGUUUAAAAGUUUAUAAAAGCUUUAGUAUAACAGCCACCACACAGUCUACUGAUCACAAAAAGUUUUCAUCACAACUACUUAUAAACUCAUGAUGAAUGGGAUUUCUGUUGAGAUAGAUAUUGAACGGUUAUGAUUGAAAAGCCCAAGGGGCCCUCAGUCGCCAAUAAUUCCGAAUUGAUGUAAUGUAAAUGAACUGUUCCUAGCUGACAGUUAGGAGCACGGGAAGAGAUCCAAAGCUGGCGAUUUAUAGAGAGAUAACAUAACCAAAAAUAAAUCCAACCUCUCUUAACCAAUAUUAAGUUUGAAAAUAAUUUGGCCAAAAAAAAAAUCGCCAAAAAGACUAUGAGAAAUUUGAUAUUUUUAAAUUCACUCAAAUGGUUUUUAGAGCCUUCUUUGAAAAACUACAAUUAACCUAACCAACUGGGAGGAUAAUUAGUUUAAUGAUAACAGUUAUUAUUAUGACAAGAAAUUUAUUAAAAUUAUUUUUAUUCUAAAAUCAUUGAAUCAUAUUUUAAAUGGGUACACAUUAUCUUUAUUUCCUGUACGAUCAGCAGCUCGUAGAAAAGCACUUUUCCUCAGCAUUUGCAAAUUGGUUUUUACCUAUUACCCUCUGGUUUAGUAAACUAGAAAUAAGACAUAAAUUCGUAAUAAUUAAAAAUAAUUAAAAAAAUAUAAUAUAUAUAUGUGUAUUUUAUUAACAUGACUCAAACACACAUUUAUCAAACACUAACUCAAUUACACAUUUAUAUAUUAUAUUUUUUUUAAUUAUUUUUAAUUAUUAAGAAUUUAUGUCUUAUUUCUGGUUUAUAUAAUGCAAAUUGGGUUUCAGUUGCCUUGUGCGCUUUUCCAAUCUGAAUUAAUAAAGUAAAGUUUCAGUGUGUUUAUUUUCCUUAGUUAUCAUUAUUGACCUAGUAAAUUGUAUUGAUUUUGUGAUUGGAUCUCUGGUUUAGUAGUCAUUAAACAGAUUAUUUACUUAAAAUUUGAUUCUUUCAAAAUGAGAACAAAAUGAAGGAUGUUGGCUUAAAACUGUUGUAUAACAAUAAGAUGCAAAAACCAUACUUCUUAUCGAAACUAUGAAUGAAAUAUGUGCCUAAAAUAGUGCAAUCUUUUACUUUUUUUUACUAUUUUUUUUUCAUUGGUUGCUUAGCAACUAGCGAAAAUUGAUGGCAUAUUUGGUUUCCAAUUGAAGUUUUAAACAACAAAAAGUAUCCUUCUUUAAGAAAGAAUAUUUUUUUUAUCUAUAUCGUUUUUUAGUCUAAAAAUCUAUUUGUGCACAAAAUUCCAGGUUGAUUCUCUUUAUAUAUUAAAAGAAAGUGCAAAAAUGUGCAAUGAGACUUGUGUGAUCCUGUGAAAUGUAUAAAAAAUUGUAAAUAAAUAAAGGAAGUUUCAACUUC